AAAGGAUGCCAGUCAGAGCCUUCUGGACAACUGAGAAUCAGGAGGAGCAUUAAAAAGGAAAGCACAUCAAGCCAGGAAUCAAAAUUUUUCCACUUCCUGCAGAAAAGCACAAAACCCUUCUCUUUCCCCAGCAGGUGACAGACAAGGGAGAGAAAAACAGGAAGAGAGUUUUCAACUGUAAAACAUGGAGUAUGUUGAACUCAAGAGAACCUUACCUGAAAAGGUCAAGGGGGAGAAUUUCCAAUUUCAGAAAAAGAGAGAACUAUGUGGGAGAAGCAGAGAUUGUAGAUCACGGCUGAUUAUUCAGGAGAGAAUCCACACCAGAGAAAAGCCAUACAAAUGCUCCAAAUGUGGCAAAAGCUUUACUUGCAAGACCUCCCUGGUGAUUCAUCGAAGGACCCACACUGGAGAGAAGCUAAAGCAGUGCUCCAAAUGUGGCAAAAGCUUUAGCAGGCACGCCAGCCUGGUGCAUCACAGGAGGACUCACACAGGAGAUAAACCGUAUGAAUGUCUGGAUUGUGGGAAAAGUUUCAGUUGGAAUUCCAACCUGGUGAUUCACCAGAGGACUCACACAGGAGAGAAACCAUAUGAGUGCCCGGAUUGUGGGAAAAGUUUCAGUGUCAAAUCCAGCCUGCUGGUACACCAGACGACUCAUACUGGAGAGAAACCGUAUGAGUGUCCGGAUUGUGGGAAAAGUUUCAGUCGGAAUUCCCACCUGGUGAGACACCAGAGGACUCACACAGGAGAGAAACCGCAUGAGUGUCUGGAUUGUGGGAAAAGUUUCAGUCGGAAUUCCCAGCUGGUGAGACACCAGAGGACUCACACAGGAGAGAAACCAUAUGAGUGUCCGGAUUGUGGGAAGCGUUUCAAUCAGAAUUCCAACCUAGUGAUACACCAUAGGAAUCACACAAGAGAGAAACCAUCUGAGUGUCCGGAUUGUGGGAAGCGUUUCAGUCAGAAUUCACAGCUGGUGAUGCACCAGAGGACUCACACAGGAGAGAAACCAUAUGAGUGCCCGGAUUGUGGGAAAAGUUUCAGUGUCAAAUCCAGCCUGCUGGUACACCAGACGACUCAUACUGGAGAGAAACCGUAUGAGUGUCCGGAUUGUGGGAAAAGUUUCAGUCGGAAUUCCCACCUGGUGAGACACCAGAGGACUCACACAGGAGAGAAACCGCAUGAGUGUCUGGAUUGUGGGAAAAGUUUCAGUCGGAAUUCCCAGCUGGUGAGACACCAGAGGACUCACACAGGAGAGAAACCAUAUGAGUGUCCGGAUUGUGGGAAGCGUUUCAAUCAGAAUUCCAACCUAGUGAUACACCAUAGGACUCACACAAGAGAGAAACCAUCUGAGUGUCCGGAUUGUGGGAAGCGUUUCAGUCAGAAUUCACAGCUGGUGAUGCACCAGAGGACUCACACAGGAGAGAAACCAUAUGAGUGCCUGGAUUGUGGGAAACGUUUCAGUCAGAAUUCCCACCUGGUGAUACACCAGAGGACUCACACAGGAGAGAAACCAUUUGAGUGUCUGGAUUGUGGGAAAAGUUUCAGUCGGAAUUCCCAGCUGGUGAGACACCAGAGGACUCACACAGGAGAGAAACCAUAUGAGUGUCCGGAUUGUGGGAAGCGUUUCAGUUGGAAUUCCCAGCUGGUGAUACACCAGAGGACUCACACAGGAGAGAAACCAUAUGAGUGUCUGGAUUGUGGGAAAAGUUUCAUUCGGAAUUCCCACCUGGUGAUACACCAGAGGACUCACACAGGAGAGAAACCAUAUGAGUGUCCAGAUUGUGGGAAAGAUUUCAGACUUAGGUCUAGCCUUAUAAAUCAUGUAGGUUUACAUAUAGGAGAGAAACCGUUCAAAUGCCCAGACUGUGGAUGGUGGUUCACAAACAAUUCCUCCCUCAGCAGACACAAGAAAAGGCACAUGAGGCAGAAGGUGAGGAAUGUAGAGAAGGCUUGAAUUUCACAUCUCACCUACCUUUGGGCAUCCCCCUGAAAAGUUAAGUAUUUAAUUUCUGGCCUGAUUCUUUGUAGUCAAAUAUGUCUCAGUAUUAGAGAUGGGGGGGAGAAAAGAAAUGGAAAAUAUUAGUUUGAGAAAGACUAACUAAACGUUUCUGGCUAUCAGCAGAAGUUCCCAGUAAGCUGCUGCAGGUCUUAAAAGAUACAAAAAAGAUAGGUGCACUCAGAUUUUAUGAGAGAAUCCGUUAGGGACAAGUGUGGCAGUAGUGUAAAGUU